AUGGUCGCGGUCGUAAUGAAUCCGAUAAACAGUUUAAUACCCCUGGCAAUGGAAAUGUAUAAAAAGGCUGGUGUUUACGAGCACAAUCGCCUUUUUGGUGUAAUUAGCCUUGACUGUCUUAGAGCAAAUACUUUCGCUGCUCAAAUUAUAGGUGUCGAGCCAGAAUGCAUGAUAGUGCCAAUAAUUGGUGGGAGUUGUUCGAAAACGUGUAUUCCUCUUUUCUCCCAAGCAAAGCCCUGUAACAAACUGACCCCGACAGAAGCUCGGAGAUUAACACAAGUCGUAAGGAUGUCUAAUGAAGAAAUGGCAAAUGCAAGUAAAAAUAAAGAGAGAACGUUUUUCGCUACAGCUUUUGCAGCUGCUCGAUUUGGUAUAUCCCUCUGUAAAGCUUUGCGACAUCAGAGCAAUGUUGUGGAAUGCGCUUAUGUUAGAUCCUGCGUGAUACCAGAGAUAACAUAUUUCGCAGCUCCUUUGGAAUUAGGUCCGAAUGGAAUUCAGAGAUACUUAGGUAUUCCACCCUUAAACGACUUCGAAUGUGAUCUUCUUAAAGCGGCUAUACCUUCUUUGAAAAAGGAUAUUACACUUGGAGAGGCUCUUGCUCUUGGAGAGGAGACUGUUUCUUCUGAGAUAUGCCCGCAGCAUACUAACGAAUGUGAUCGUGAAAAUCCACCCCGUACCUCUUCAUCGUAA